GUCAAUGGUGACAUUCCACCUCGAUUAAAAAAGAGCGCCCAUGAAAUAAUCCUGGAUUUCAUCCGAUCGCGACCUCCAUUAAAUCCUGCCUCAGCAAGAAAACUGAAACCAACCCCACCGCGGCCACGCAGCCUUCACGAAAGGAUACUGGAGGAAAUCAAGGCAGAGAGGAAGUUACGUCCAGUCUCACCUGAUGAGAUAAGGCGUAGCAGGCUGGCAAUGCGGCCACUUAGCAUGUCUUACAGUUUUGACUUGUCAGAUGUAUCUACGCCAGAGGCUGGAAGAAAAUUGAUGGAUGCCUCUGUAGUGAACGGUGGCCUGGAACCGCAAGGAAAGCAGAAUGGGGCCACACAAGCGACAGCGCAACGCAAGAGACUCCUUAAGGCUCCCACGUUGGCUGAACUUGACAGCUCAGAUUCAGAGGAGGAAUCAGUGCACAAAUCGGCAAGUAGCAGCAGCAUCUCCCCCUCACAAGUGGAAGACCCCUCUCAAGAAGGUACCAGCAGCAGAAAGAUGCCUCCAAAGUUCUUGCCCAUAUCAUCUACGCCACAGCCUGAGAGACGGCAGCCACCUCAGAGACGGCACUCCAUUGAAAAGGAAACGCCAACCAAUGUGAGACAGUUCCUACCACCUUCAAAACAGAGCUCCAGAUCACUUGAGGAGUUCUGUUAUCCGGUGGAAUGUCUGUCUCUGACAGUGGAGGAGGUCAUGCACAUCCGUCAGGUGCUGGUGAAGGCAGAGCUGGAAAAGUACCAGCAAUAUAAAGAUGUCUACACUGCUCUCAAGAAAGGAAAGCUCUGCUUUUGCUGUCGAACAAGGAGGUUUUCCUUCUUUACCUGGUCUUACACUUGUCAGUUCUGUAAGAGGCCUGUAUGCUCACAGUGUUGCAAAAAAAUGCGGUUGCCAUCCAAGCCAUAUUCUACUCUCCCCAUCUUCUCACUGGGACCUUCAACCUUGCAAAGAGGAGAGAGCUUUAUGAGGCCAGAGAAACCCUCUACCAGUCACCACCAUUCACUGCGGAGCAUGUCCAGGUUGACCUCAAGGUCCAAAUCUGUAGACAGGUCACAUGAAGAGUUUCCCAAAGAGUUAAUGGAGGACUGGAGCACCAUGGAGGUGUGUGUGGACUGCAAGAAGUUUAUUUCAGAAAUCAUCAAUUCAAGCCGGCGCAGCCUAUCUCUGGCCAACAAGAGAGCCAGGUUAAAAGGGAAAACACAAUCCUUCUACAUGGCAUCACCGGGAACCUCUGAAUACUGCCCCUCUGAAAGGACUAUCAAUGAGAUCUGAGCCUCGUGCCUUUUGCUUUGCUUUUAUCUUCAUGAGGUCAUCAUCCAUGAGCAAGGUCACUGAAAUGGGAUUAUCAUUCCAUUGCUUCGUUUCACGUGACCAGCUUGAAUUUGCAUUAGAUCACAGGAUUUCC